CCGCCGGUAUUUGUAUGGGCCGCAUACACUGCUAGUUUACACAUUUGACGGAUUAAAAUUCAUGGAAAAUGAUAGAUAAAGUAAGAUAUUGGGCUCUCACCUUGGUUGCGGUAUUCCUGACGGUAUUAGUGAACUGGUAUGGAAUAACUAGUUGGUAUAGUUCAAAGGGAGUUGUACCUUUAGCCAAUUCAACUGAUGAUUCUAGGGUCUUUGAAAGUGUUUUCAUGAAAAGAUAUGCCACACUCAACGGACAAGUAACUGUGUCAAAUACAUCUAUGCUAAGAAACAGCGAUAUGAGUAACAUCAUUACUGAAGCAAGACGUCUUGAUAUAUUAAACACAAUAAAGAUGAUGAAUAUCAAUGUGGCACAUGGUGGAGACUGUCAUCAUCACAGGUUUCUAGUGUAUGAAUGUGAUUUCUCGAGAUCAUGUGGAGGGUUAGCAGAUCGGCAAAGGGGCAUAGUGUCUUCCUUUUUAUUAGCCAUGGCUACCUCGAGAGCAUUUGUUAUUAACGUUGACAAACCUUGCAGCAUCGAAAAUGCUCUUAUUCCUCAUUUUUACAACUGGUCUAUGUGUCGCAACUAUAUUAAAACCGUCAGCAAAAAUAACACUAAACAUUUUGAUUUUAUUGAUGGGAAUCCUUUUUUCAAAAAUAUUCAAAAUUUCGAUUUUGAACGUGGAUGGCCAUGGGACAUUAUAUUUUUAAAAAUCAAUUCAAAUAUUGUCAGUCAUCUAGUUGCAAGGAGAGAUUUAAGGGAUCGACACACGUGGCUAUCGACCAAUACACGUCAAGAGACGUAUUCCCUGAUAUUGAGUGCGCUUUUUAAACCAGCUCGAACUAUUUUUGACUAUUUAAAUCAUUUUAAAAAGCAUUACGUUCGAGAAAAGUCUCUUGUUUGCAGUCAUGUGCGAACAGGUGGGAAUCCAACCAUACCAAAGGAUAACAUUUUCAAAUAUAAACUGAACGAAACAGCUGUUUUUAAUUUUUUUAAGCAAUAUGCUGACUCUAAAUUAUUUGUUUUGUAUUUAGCAUCCGAUUCGAAUUACAUUCGAAAUAAAUUUCACAGCAUGUUUGGCAAUGCCAUUAGGACAAAUGGAACUGUUGUUCACAUUGAUAGAUUAGGCGUCCUUAGAGGAUUCAAACGACAAGCUUGUGACGGAUUUAAAUUUGCUGUCAUAGAACAACUUAUUCUUUCGAGUUGUGAUACCUUGCUUAUUACAAGAGGCGGCUUUGGGGCAAAUGCUGCAUACAUGAGACACAUUUCAAAUAAUCUUUAUAGAAUUGAUAUAAAAUCUGGAAACAUAAAACAAAUUUUAAGCAUCAAUAAGUUAUAGGUAUUUAAAAGCUUAGGGACUUUUGUGGCAUUUCAUAAAAAAAUCAAGAAGCUUUGAAAAUUGCAUGUGAUUUACUAAAUUUAAGUCUUAAAAAUUCAACUGGCAAAACAUAUUGUAUGCUUAAUUUGAUACUUAAGAUAGACUCCAGCCAAACAAUAUAUAUAUGGAAGUUUUAUCAAGCAUUUCGAACCCUUUGUUCCUGAUUUCAAUAUGUCUAUUUAGUGUUCAGGGGACCAGAUAGGUGAGGAUAUGAGGUACGAAUUAUACUAAUGAGUACUGGCAUUUGAGUAAGUGACGUACUGUGAAACUGUCUGAUUGUAACUUUUUUACAUGGAUAUUUUUUUCAUAAAUUAGAGCAACUUUAUAAAACACAUUGUUGAUGCAAAAGCGUUUCGUCAUUAAUUUCCUUAAAAUCUCUUGAAGUUAAAUACCAAUAUCACAAAAUGUGCGAAAAUACCGGUUAAAAGGCCGAUAAGCAAUUAAGUAUUUUGUAAAUAAUAGCUGCCGGUUUCUUUUUGCCACGCCAGUUUUUGGCAAAUUCAACCCCUAUUUUUACGCGCUUUAAAAAAAUGAAAACUAUCUUAAAUUGUCAUAUUUACUAAAAGGUUUAAAAGUUAAUAUGUUUUGUUUUUCUAUCUUUAAUACUUUUUUUGUAAAAAUGCAUUGAAAGUUUGCAUUUGCCAUGGCAAAGUGUGUUUUGCCAUGGCAUUUCGGCAUUUUGCCAUGGCAA